GUCGCUCAGACUUUGAUCUUGACGAUGAUUGGCUGGUUGUUCGAUUAUGUUUCUACACGAAGUUGUUAAUACUGGAAGUACUCAUGGCCGUCAUGGCGGGAGACAUGAAAUCUAGUCGAUGGUUUAAUCUUUUUUCUGUCCCAUUCGUUGUGGUAUUAUUAUUAUUUUUUCUCACUGUAAGAAACGGUGUGUUUGGGACAGCAGCAGACCCCAGUGUGCCUGUGAUUGUCAUCAACGAUGGACCUGAGGAAAAGUUUGUCAGACUAAAGCAUUUUUGCUAUAGAAACACUAUGGCCCCUGGCUGGAUGGAGAUUUGGACCAGACUACAGAUUCGUAUUCGCAGCACUGGAAAGUUGAAAGUGACAGUGGUUGAGGAUGAGAUGAAGUUGAAAGAGCUGGAGCAGUUCAGAGUUUGGAACUUCUUUAGUUAUUUCAUUAAGGAACAGUCAAAUGAGACCACCAUUGAUGUAGAGCUCUACAAAACCAAGAUCUGCUUCAAAGUGGAUCCAACCAACCCUGAAGCAAUUUAUACUAUCCAGCCUGCACGAAAGUUUGACCUGUGUCUGUUCUUGAUAUUCUUGGGUGGCUUUUUCCUUUUCUUCUUUGCUGAGCCUCUUAGCAGGAGCCAGGUUUUUUACUAUUCUAUUGGAAUGAGUACUGGUCUAAUUGCAUCACUCAUCAUCCUCAUCUUUAUUUUAGCGAGAUUACUGCCAAAGAAAAGCCCAUUUUACUUACUGGUGGUAGGUGGCUGGUCCUUUUCCCUGUAUAUCAUCCAACUGGCAUUUAGGAAUAUGCAACUUCUUCUCAGAGACCAUUGGCAGUAUGUUAUAGGGUAUGUGACUGCAGUUGGCUUUGUCAGCUUUGCUGUGUGCUAUCGAUAUGGCCCACUUGUGGAGGAGCGAAGCAUGACCAUACUUUCAUGGGCACUGCAGAUCAUUGGCUUACUCUUGAUCUACAUGGGAAUCCAGGUCCCACAAGUAUCCUUGGCAAUCAUCAUCUCUGCAUUCUGCUGCAAGAAUUUAGAGUAUCCUGUCCGUCUUAUUAUGUUUAUUCAUCGGAAGCUGUGCCGUUGGACUGCAAAACCUGCUCCUCCCCGGCUUCUGACUGAAGAAGAGUACCAGAAGCAAGGUGAAGUGGAAACACAACAUGCCCUGGAAGAGCUACGGAAGUAUUGCAGCAGCCCAGAUUUCAGUGCUUGGAAGACUGUCUCCAGACUACAAUCCCCAAAACGGUUUGCUGAUUUUGUGGAAGGCUCUUCCCAUUUGACUCCAAAUGAAGUAUCUGUGCAUGAACAGGACUAUGGCUGGGGGGGCUCCUUCCUUCAGGAUGAACUAUUUGAAUCUGAUGAUGACAGCAGCAUGAAUGAUGAAGAAACUGUAGCAAACAAUAUGCCGUUGUGUCGGCAGAGAGUGGAUUUUGGCAUCUAAGCAAUGAGGAAAUCAUAAGGAGAUGAGAAUGUUUCCUUCCUGUUGUGCUUGCUUGUGUAUUCUAUAUGAAAUGCACGUCAAUGGGAAUACAGGUAAAGGUUGGUCUAGGUCAACUGAAACAAAAUGUGAAAAACAUUUUUAUAUAAUACCAGUUGCAGUGGUACAGGUGCUAGAUCUCCCUAGGUACCAGUGAAGUCAAUAUCAGUAAGAGCUUUAUUUUGCCUUUUUAAGAAUGUGUUAAACCUGUCCUUGUCGCACUUCUCCUUGAUCAGCGCUGCUUAGUUAAGUUUUUACAUGGUGUUAAAUCUUUGUUGGUAUAUAUUUUCGGGGUCCAUGGAAUGUAUAUUUUAUAAGUUACCGUAUUCAGCAGUUUCAAGAGUGUUUCACCCACAAACUUUUAAUCUGUCAUAGUGUGUUAUUUUUAAUUCUUUUCAAACUGUCUUGGGUCAAGUCUACUGAGGAGAUAAAGACUUUCUCAUCCAAGUCACAUACAAAUACAUAUCUAUACUUUUUUUGUGUGUGUGUUUGGUUAAGGUCCUGUUGCGAUUAAGUUUAAUGUCAAAAUAAAUCCAUUCAGUGUUAAUGAUAUCCUUCAUGCAGCACCCUAUGUUUAAAUGUACUUGGAAGAUUUCAACUGACCUCUGUUUUCUUACAGGUUGAAAAUCUUUUUAAGACCACAGGGGAAAUGUAUCAUUUGGUUAUGUAAUGGAUUUCAGGCGCGGGUCCAGUCAAGUUUAAUCACGGUCGGUUACUUAUGAGUACUAUCUCAUAGUGUGAGAUCUGUUUUUUUAGUUGUAAAUGAGGUUUACAUUUAUAGUGUGUGGAAUUCCAGGUUCAUUUUUUCAAUUUUAACAUGCAUUAUAAUUAGUAACCUCAUUUGAAUCAGACUGGUGACAAAGUCUCAUUAUGUUUUGACUUCUAUGGUGUUACCAUAUAUUUUGUAUGUAGUUGAUUUUGCCACAUAUUGUGGUGUGAAACCAGCACUUCAGGUUGAUCAUUUUAUUCUUUUGAAUACAUUUGUAUGAAACGUCAUGCCACUUUUUUUUUUUUUUUUUUAAUAAACCCCUUUGUGCAGCCCAUAUGAAAAGUUCUGUUUGUGCCAGGUGAGUAGCAUGUUCAUGGAGUUGAUGGUCUGUUUCCAUAAAUGGGCUAAGAAUAAUGAGAAUCUCUCUGUGACUGAUUUGGUUAUUAAUUAUAGGGUGGAUAGCAAAGCUACUCUAUCCUGAUUUUUGAAUGAAAGCAUGAAAUAAAUUGCUUAUAUCCAACUGUUAAUGUUAACUAUGGUGCCUUGCUAUGAAGGAGUUGAAAUAAUUUUAGCUUUUGAAAAAAGUGUUUAUUCCACAGUGGCAGAGUGGUGCUUAUAGAAGUUUGUUUUGGAGCAUGACAAUUACACUCGCUCCUUUACUAGUAUCUAUGGAUCUCUUUGCAAAUAUACUGUAUAUGGAAUACAUGGACUUCUUUAGAUGAUGGUUUUUAUAAACUAUGCCUUGCAUCUGAUGGUGCUGAUAUAAACUCUGGAUUGUAUUUUUAAUGGAGAAAAGACAUAAAAUAUGGUUUCUAAAGCCAAAUUACAGCAGAUCAUCCGUAA